ACAUUGCCUUCUUUCUGUGUCGGAGCUUCUUCCAUGGCGAAACUAGCACAAGAGAUGAAUCCUGAAGGUUCACGAUACCAGCUUCUUCUCUCAUGUCCUUCUGGCCUCUCUCCGUCUCAGGUCUCAGUGGAUUUCUCGAAAUCGCAUGAUCGGAUUCCUCAUCCUGAUCCUGAUCUCGAAGAUUCUAUUUCUCAGGUUUGGGAGCAAAGAUCACAGAGCAAUUCAUCAUUGUUCAAUGGCCAAAAAUUUAGGUAUGGAUCAUAUUGUUUAGGUGGUGAUGAUGGUGGUGCCAAUGAAGUGCCACACGUUUGUCUUCGUCUUGGCCUGACUGAUUACAGGACUUUUGUAGGAACGAAUUUGAGUUCUCUGUGGGAGAGGUUCCUUGUUCCAUCAGAAGAUGACUCUGUAAGAUGUCGACAUACCUCAAGUCCAUUGGGUAAUGGUGCAGUUAUCGAGACUUCUGACAAGAAGAUUAUUGUGUUACGCCGGAGUAAUAAUGUCGGGGAAUUUCCAGGUCACUAUGUAUUCCCUGGGGGACAUCCAGAGCCAACAGCAGUAGGCAUUGAUUAUCAUCAGCUUGAAAAUGAUGUUCAAACCGGUGAAGUUUUAAACAAGAAGGUAACUCAAGAAAUGUUUGACAGUAUUAUCUGUGAAGUUGUUGAAGAAACUGGAAUACCAGCAUCAUCACUUAGCCCGCCUCUCUUCAUCGGUAUAUCUCGUAGGGAGUUGAAUGUACGACCAGCUAUGUUUUUCUACCUCAAGUGUAGUCAUCAUUCAGAUGAUAUUCCAAGAUUAUACUCUAGCGCUGAAGAUGGGUUCGAGUCAACACAGCUCCACACUGUCUCAUUGGAUGAGCUGAAGAUGAUGACAUCGAGAAUGCCUGGUUGCCAUCAUGGUGGAUUCGCUCUCUACGAACUGAUGCUUCAACGCUUCAAGAACACUAAGGAAACAGCGUUAAUAGCAACGUAAGAGGAAAUACUUAAACUUUACACCUAGUUGUGUUAUGGUUUGCUAAUGAUCAUGUCAUUUUCGAGUAAAUUUUAUUAUAAUUAAUCCCAAUAAUUUUAAAAAUCCAUGAUAAUGAGUAACUGAUUAAUUCAGGGAUCGAAA